AUGUUACAAAAAUAUUUAUUUCUCAAACAUGAUCUAUUGUCUAUUAUGACAUUUAAUAUUCGUGUCGAUAUUGUUGAGCAUAAUCCAGAGAAUAAUUUUAAAGAAAGAAUCCACCGUUUAACUAAAAUAAUUGAAAAAUGGCAACCAACUAUUCUAUGUGUACAAGAACCAUUAACUGAUCAAUUUCAACAUUGGCAAUUUCAUUUACCAAGUUAUUAUCAAUCGAUUGGUUCUCCAUAUUCAUCAUCUAAACUCGAUUUUCAAGUAGCAAUUUUAUACAAUAAUCAAAUAUUGAAAUUAUUAGAUCAAGAUUAUCUUUGGUUAUCGAAAACACCUCGAACUGUUGGAAGUAAAGAUUGGAAUAGUCAUGCAAUUCGAACAUUAAAUAUUGCACGUUUUCAAUUAUUAUCCAAUGAAUCAAUAAACUUACUUGUUUUUAAUACACAUUUAGAUGCAAAAAGUGAACAAGCUCGUCAAGAACAAGCAAAAGUUGUUCGUUCAACAAUCAAUGAAUGGCAAAGAAAAUAUCCGACAGAUGUUGUUCUAUUACUUGGUGAUUUCAAUAGUAUUCCACAACAAACAACUUAUAACAUCUUAACAUCAUCUGAUUUCCUCUACGAUACUUGGACAAUUUGUAAAACUCAUCCAUCAACAUGUGUAUCUAACACAUUUUCAUCAACAUUUCAUGGUUGGCUUGGUUCAAUAAUCAAUACUUAUGGUCUUCAAUUAUUGCAAACAAUUGGAUUUAGUUAUCAUGGUUUGGGUGUUAUUUUACCACAUGGGAUUCCAAAAAAUUCUUCGUCGUAUAUUGAUGUUUUGAAAAAAUUUACAAGCUAUUCUCAUCUGAUCAAUCCAUCAGAAAUGAUAUCCAUAUGGUCUUCACAUCGAUUUCAUGUUGAUUGGAUUUUAUAUCAAAAUUCUUUAGAUAAAACUCAAUAUUUACAACCUAAAUUUAUCUCUGUGAUUGAUAUUCGCUCACAAAGUUAUUCGUCUGAUCAUUUUCCUGUCAUUGCUAUGUUUCAACUAAAAAAUAAAUAA